ACUUUCAAUGGCAUCAUCCCAUUACCCACUGAUUUGGCUAGCUGGAUCCUGGCCAAUGUCCAACAGUAUGGCUUCUAUCGAGUCAACUACCAUCUGGGCAAUUGGCGGGCUCUAGCGAUGCAGUUACAGCGCCGCCUAUCAACGAUUCCGCCAGUGAGCAGAGCACAAAUUAUCGACGAUGCUUUCAGCCUGGCCAGAGUCGGUCGGAUUCAGUACGACACAGCCUUUUCAAUCGUGGAGUACCUGGACAAAGAACGUGAUUACAUCCCUUGGUCCGCAGCUCUUUCACAACUCUGGAUGUUGGAGUCCUUGCUCUACAACAAUACUAUAGAUUAUACAAACUUUCAGAACUUCAUAAAAAGCAAACUGGCCGAUCCCUUUAACCACUUUGGACUGGUAAAAUUCACGCAAAAUCCUGUUGAUUUAUUAACCCAGUCGCUGAUUGCAUGGCAUUCAUGUCACUAUGGGGUCAACUCGUGUGUGGACGAGGCAACCAGACAGUUCAGACAGUGGAUGACCAACGCCAGUCGCAACAU